UCCAUGAAAAACGCCCGCACCCACCCACCUUCUCUCUCUCUUCCUGUCUGAGACGUAACGAAUUCUUCGGCCGCCUUUCUUCUUUGCUUCCUUCCUCCUUCCUUUAUUUUCUUUCCGAUUUCUAAAAGCGUUCUCGUUUCCUCGUUUUCCUCUUGAAGGUCUGGUCUUCUUCCUUGGAUUUCUCUGAGUCUCUUCCUCUUCCUGUCCGGGAUUUGGAGUCCCCGAUCGCGAGAGACGACGGGGAAUCCGAUGCUGUGUGCUAUAAACCUUCCAUCUUCAUUGUUGGCCUCCACUGUUACUGCUGAUUCUGAUAGCCUGUGUAGUUAGAUUUUACUGGAGAAAAGAGGGUCAAAGCAUCCAGAGAUGAUCGGGGUUAUCCGUCAGACCUUCAAAGUGGUCUUUAGUUGCCAGUCCCUUUAGCAAGGUCAUCAAGGUGACAGUUGGCAUCAACUUGCUCAGAUGGAAGAUGUGUCAACAGGACUGAGGAUAUGUUUUGGGUUUUGAAAAGAAAUAUGGAAGUUGAGCAAUUAAUUUUUGUUCCUAGGGUUGUACUUGCAGAUGAUAAAGGAACUAUAUCCUAAAGGACAUGGUAGUUGCCGAUUUGUGUACUUGUUGGUGGUGCCAACUACUACUACUAGUGGUGGUGGCGGUAGCACUGCUGCAAGGGAUGGAGAAACAGGAUCGUGAUGCUAGGAGGUUGAUGGCCUGGUCAUGUGGGAGGGUCAGUACCUUCUGGGGAGAUUCACAACCAAUAUGUAGAUAGAAAUAAACUUAAGAACAGCCCCUCCCAGCUUUUGAGAGGGUUGCUGUUCCUUUGUGAAGCUCAAUGGACACGUCACAAAAAGACAUGUUCAGUCCCCAAGCUUUGGAUACAGAGAUCGGGCCAAGCCAUAGAUAUAUACAAUCUGAACCUUGCAUGAUAUUGGGAACGAACUUUCCAAACCAGAAUAGCAACAAUACAAGUUUACUACCUUCUGGAGAUCCUUCUGGUCUAGAUUUGGACUAUGUGCGCCAUGCAAAUAACAGUUUCUACUCAAACCAUUAUAGCCAUCAUCCACAGACUAUUCCUUGCUCAGAAUUGAGUAGAACCCCUACCAGCUUUUUACAGAACAUCAAUAAUAGACCUUAUGUGAUCCACACAACAGCUCAUUCUGUUUUCCCCAGUCCACUUAACCCCUCCAGUCAUUUGGCUUCCUCUAGCAGUAGUGGUGCAUUCGGAGCUGGGAUGCAUCACUAUCCCAGGUCUACUGAUCUCGUAGACACCGGAAGAGGGUCAUGCAAGCGGAAAAGUGAAGAAGCACCACUAGGAAGCUGCUAUCCGGUUGGUGCACCCUCGAGCUCAAGUUCUUCAGGUGCUAACACAAAUUUUUGUCAGCAUCAAUCAGAAGAUCCAUCCGGAACCAUAAGAGGAGUUUGUAAUCUUGCAUCUAUCAAUCAAUCAGAACAUAUGCAGAACAGUAAUGCUGCAGUCUCAGGGGGUUCACAAAGAAGUGUGAGAAGCAGGUCUGGCAGCAUAAGAGCAUGCACGGACCAAGUGAUAGAAUUUCAUAGUCAGUUCCUUCAAGGGAAUCAUAUGGAUCAAUCCCCCCCAUCUGGCAGUGAUGGAGCAGUGGCACAGCUGAGUAGCAAUGGUGAUGGGGGCAACUCAAGUUGGAGCCGCUUGCCUGUUCCUCCUGGCUUGCAUAGGAGAAUGUUUGCUUCUUCAGGUGUCAGUGCUAGUGGAGGUCAUGCUGAUAUUGGAAAUGUGGUAACACAAGGGUACCAGGGUCCAUUAUUUGGUAGAAUCCCCACAAUUGUCUGGCAUACAUCACCCAUGCAUCAUCUGCCUCCUCAUGCCAUGCAGCCAAUUAUAGGAGAUAACGGCUACAGGUUCUAUGCCCCAGUUCUCACCCCACCGGCACCACCUAACAGGGAGUCCACCAAUCCUCAUCUUCAUCAGAACAUGCAGAAUACUGCCCGUGGUGGCGUGCAGAUUGCCCCUGCUAGGUACAUGCAGGUCUUGCAACCAAGUGGAGAAAGAAUACCUAGAACUCAGAGAAGAACUUCUUAUGAGCAAACACCAAGAUUCCCUCGUAAUAACAAUCAUAUGCGCUUUGCAAUGCUGUCAUCACAGAACUUGGCAAUGCUAGACUUUUCAGGAUUUUAUGAUUCUGGGGAACUUGUUGAUCAGUACAGGGAUAUGAGGUUGGAUAUUGACAACAUGUCAUAUGAGGAGUUGCUAGCUUUGGAAGAAAGGAUAGGGAAUGUGAAGACGGGGUUGUCUGAGGAGUCCAUCUCAAAAUGUAUGAAGAUCAGGAAACAUGUUUCAUGCGAAUGUUCUUCUAGAUGCAAUGGAUGCAGAAGCAUGACCAGCGAGAGUGGGAGGUGUAUUAUUUGUCAGGAGGAAUACAAAGCGGAAGAUGAAAUUGGUUCGUUGCAGUGUGGGCAUGACUACCACGCAGCCUGCAUCAAGCAGUGGCUGCUAAUCAAGAACUUGUGCCCAAUCUGCAAAGUGAAUGCACUAACAGCAGACGAAAAAUAAAAAGGGCACAGAUGCUAGCCUCUGUUGACAGACAGCCGUAGUUUCUGACCCAUUUGUUUCUAGAAAAAUUGUUUCAAUUGGUAUUUGUAUCAAGUCAUGUUACAUUAUUGUUUCCUUCAAAUAUGGAGGGAAAAGCAUGGCUUCUCAAGAAUUGUAUAAAAAAUUCCAUUCAAUUUGUUGAGAUUUAAAUCUCUUUGCCCAA